UCCAGUGUUUUGUACAGUCUUAUUUUUAAAUAUGACAAGCAUAGGGAUUUCCUUUACUCCCCUGGGGAGACAAUUCCACAGCCUAAAUAGCUUUUGCUGAUGGGAAGUUCCUCCCAAUUUCCCAAGGUUCAGUUUCAUCCCACUACUCCUAGUUACGCAUUCCUCUAUGACCCAAAUUGAUUCUGCAAUAAAAUAAAGCCAGUUGUGCCUUUGGAUUUCAUUUCUCUCUGCUGUCCACUUGCAAGCUUCCUUCACUUUCCUGGCUGGCUGCUGGCACUCUAGGAGAGACAUGCUGUUUUGUUUAAAUCCUCCACAUUCUUUGCUGUGCCAUAUCCCCAUUGGCCGGAUGGGGCCAUCCUUCCUGCUGUGGCUGCUGAUGUCAGACACACACUCAGACCCGAGCUGAAGCUGCUGCUGCAGAGACGACUCAGUUCUGCUAGCUACAACUCACACACACAGAGCUGUGCUGGGGGAAACCCAAGCCCCAGGAAGGAUCAAAGGUGUGUGUGUGGGGAAAUAUCAGGCAGCAGAUCCAGUCUCUCCCCCACAGUGCAGAACUGGUGCGUGCAUAAUAGCAGCUGUAAUACAGAGAGGAAGAGGGAGCCUUGUUUAUCAGCCCGUAAAGGAAACGUUAUAAAGCCUUUGUCUUGGAAGUAAGCAUCUCAUCCUUGCUGCUGCCACUGCUCCAAUGUGCUGCUGCUGGUGACAUUAAUAUUUUAGGCUGGUUGUGGGUUUUUUUGGUUUCUCCAGGCAUGUCUUGAUAUAGCUGAAAAGGAACUGUUGUUUUAAUACAUUUCCAGCGGAUGUCUUUGACUUUAAAGAUCGCAUUUGAUGUUUGAGACGUCUUUGUGUGUAUGUAUGUGUGAAAUUCACAUGAUCUCAGUUUGAAGGAGGAAGAACUGGAAGAAAGGAGCAGUUGUAUUGGUUUUUCUUCUUGCUGGGUCAUCCCUCCUGGAUGAUAGCGUUGGGGUCUUUUGAACACAUUGUCAAGUACACACUCGACCAGGGGCUUGAUUCAUUUUUUGUGGUUUUGUUUUUGCCGUGAUCAGAGUGCAGAAAUAGCCACUCUUCUCCAGCUUUGCUGGUUUGCAGCAGAAAUAUGCUCUUGAAGGAGUACCGGAUCUGUAUGCCUUUGACAGUUGAAGAGUACAGAAUUGGACAGCUGUACAUGAUCAGUAAGCAUAGCCAUGAGCAGAGUGACCGCGGGGAGGGCGUGGAAGUCGUGCAGAAUGAACCCUAUGAAGAUCCAAAUCAUGGCAAUGGUCAGCUAACAGAAAAGCGGGUCUAUCUCAACAGCAAACUACCUAGCUGGGCCAGAGCAGUUGUUCCCAAAAUAUUUUACAUUACAGAGAAGGCUUGGAAUUAUUACCCAUAUACAAUCACAGAUUUUUGACAACGAAGCCAAAGAUCUUGAGCGGGAAGUCUGCUUUAUCGAUAUUGCCUGUGACGAAAUCCCUGAGCGCUAUUACAAAGAAUCGGAGGAUCCUAAACAUUUCAAGUCAGAGAAGACUGGGAGAGGCCUCUUAAAAGAAGGCUGGAGGGAGACACACCAGCCGAUCAUGUGCUCCUACAAACUGGUGACUGUGAAAUUUGAAGUCUGGGGACUUCAAACUAGAGUAGAACAAUUUGUACAUAAGGUGGUCAGAGAUAUAUUAAUGAUUGGUCACCGACAGGCUUUUGCAUGGGUUGAUGAGUGGUAUGAUAUGACUAUGGAUGAUGUUCGAGAAUUCGAGAAAAAUAUGCAUGAAAAAACCAACAUUAAAGUUUGCAAUCAACAUUCAUCUACUGUGGAUGAAAUAGAGAGCCAUGCCAAAUCAAGUACAUGACAAUGGAUGAAGUCCGAGAAUUUGAACGUGCAACUCAGGAAGCCACUAAUGAGAAAAUUGGGAUUUUCCCACCUGCAAUAUCUAUCUCUAACAUUUCCCUGCCUUCGUCAACCCGUAGUGCUCCUUCUAG